AAGAUACUCAUCCGACCUUCUUGUUUGAGAAAAAUAGGAAUAUGUUUAAGAAUGUAUUUUAGUGUGAAAUUUCCUAGAAACAUUUUCGAAAUCCAAUAGGGUGUGCUUCUCCAACCGUUAGGGGGAAGAAGUAGUCCCAACUUUGACGAUUCAAUCCCACUCUUAUUAUUUGGUUAACAAAUUAUUUUCUUUUAUUUUUUUUAAAAGUAAAAUCAAAACCUAAAAAUCUUUUGUUGGUAAGCUUUGAAGCACAAUGCAAGUUUAAAAUAAAAUCAUCACAUUUCGAUGCAACCUAUGUAUGUUACUCUUGUCUUCUUAGAACCUCCGUCACAUUAGCGCCGAUAUCUUCAAAUCGCCAUUUUCACAUCUCUUCCAACCUUUUAUACAUCUCUCUCUCUCAUCUUCCUCAAAUCUACUUUCUCUCUCUAACAAUGUCUCAAGUUGUGGCCACACGAUCCAUUCAAACCACCCUCCCCAGUUCUGGAUCUACACAUGACAGAGCUCAGAAGCUGUUAAAGCCUUCAACUUUUGCUUCCAAAGUGUUCCAACCAAAAGGGAACAGGUGUUCUAAAUUGGUCUUCAGAAGCUCUCGUAUCAGUGCAAGGAAAUCAGCUCCUGUUGAAGUUGUACCUGUGUCACCUGAAGAUGAUCCAAAGGUUGAGGAGCAUUUGCAGCGUUUGCGUGGGGUACAGCCAUUUGGUGAUACUUCUAAUGGAAUAUGGUCGAAGCCGACGGUUAAGCGUAAGACAAAGAUAGUAUGUACUAUUGGACCUUCUACUGAUACUAAGGAAAUGAUUUGGAAGUUGGCUGAGGCUGGUAUGAAUGUUGCUCGUCUAAAUAUGUCUCACGGUGAUCAUGCUUCUCAUCAGAAAGUUAUUGACUUGGUUAAAGAAUAUAAUGCACAAUCUAAGGACAAUGUUAUUGCAAUUAUGCUCGACACCAAGGGUCCAGAGGUUAGGAGUGGGGAUUUGCCACAACCAAUCAAUUUGGCAACCGGGCAGGAAUUCACUUUUACUAUUCAGAGAGGUGUUGGAACUGCAGACUGUGUCAGUGUAAACUACGAUGAUUUCGUCAAUGAUGUAGCAGAGGGGGACAUGAUUCUUGUUGAUGGCGGUAUGAUGUCGUUGAUGGUUAAGUCGAAGACAGAGACUUUAGUGAAAUGUGAAGUUGUUGAUGGAGGAGAGCUUAAGUCAAGGAGACAUUUAAAUGUUCGAGGAAAAAGUGCAACAUUGCCUUCAAUAACUGAGAAGGAUUGGGAUGAUAUCAAAUUCGGAGUGGAUAACAAAGUUGAUUUCUACGCUGUUUCUUUUGUUAAGGAUGCCGAAGUUGUUCACGAACUGAAGAACUAUUUGAAGAGUUGUGAUGCUGAUAUACAUGUCAUCGUAAAAAUUGAAAGUGCGGACUCUAUACCGAAUUUACAUUCAAUUAUCACAGCAUCCGAUGGGGCUAUGGUUGCCAGAGGAGAUCUUGGCGCUGAGCUUCCUAUUGAAGAGGUUCCCCUUUUACAGGAAGAGAUAAUCAACUUGUGCCGAAGCAUGGGAAAAGCCGUGAUUGUUGCAACGAAUAUGCUUGAAAGCAUGAUUGUUCAUCCAACUCCAACUAGAGCUGAGGUAUCGGAUAUAGCUAUCGCUGUUCGAGAAGGCUCUGAUGGCAUAAUGCUCUCCGGAGAAACUGCACACGGCAAGUUCCCACUAAAAGCUGUGAAAGUGAUGCACACGGUAGCAUUACGGACAGAAGCCACUAUACAAGGCGGCCAAAUGCCACCUAACAUUGGUCAAGUGUUCAAGAAUCACAUGAGUGAGAUGUUUGCAUACCAUGCAACCAUUAUGUCUAACACGCUAGGAACCUCUACCGUCGUCUUCACUCGAACGGGUUUCAUGGCUAUCCUACUCAGUCACUAUCGUCCUUCUGGCACAAUAUUUGCUUUCACAGACGAAAAGAGGGUACAACAACGGCUGGCUUUGUAUCAAGGAGUUUGCCCUGUAUACAUGGAGUUCAGCGACGAUUCCGAAGAAACUUUUAUAAGAGCCUUGGAUUUUCUACAGAAGCAAGGAAUGGUUAAGUUAGGAGAAGAAGUUGCACUUGUACAAAGUGGUAGACAACCCAUAUGGAGAUUCCAAUCAACUCACAAUAUUCAAGUCAGAAAAGUUGAAUGAACAAGAAGAAAAAUUGGUUGGAGAAAAACCACUAAUAAUGUUUCAUGACAAUUUUUACAAAAUAUUUAGAAUAAUAGCAUCAUCUUAUUAUUAUUGCCUCUAUUGGUUUCUUUCCUUCAUAGGUUUAUUGUUCUCUUCCAUUAGCAUUGGUUACACAAACUGUAAUGCAUGUUGCUGAAAUUUUGGUGAGAAAUUGAAAUCUGAAAUGAUUUCAGCAAUCUAGGAGUGAAAUUAUAACAAUAAUUGCAGCAAUCUAUUUCAAUUUUUCCUUA